AUGUCUAAAUCAGGCAGUGGGGAACAAGUUUCCGCCCAAAACGAUGCAUCCGCACCUUUGCUAACCAAAAAACCAGACAAGGCAUUGUAUAUACCUCCUGCAAGACGAUCUACCGGGGGGGUUUCAGUCAACAGCGGGAUUCAAGUACACGAUACUUCCGAAACCAGAAAUUCAGCUAACUCCAGUCCCGUCUGUCAACGAUCUGAUGUAAAGCAGUCACUCGAAAAUGUGUUAAGUGCGUUACGCAUAUCGGACGGUACCGGUGCACCAGCAAUCAAACGACUAUCCUCUAAGAGCUCCGUUCCACGAAAUGGCAAUCAUUCUUCACCGGAGGCCACUAUUGACUAUAGUAAAUUCCUCCACGUCAUCGAACUUUAUGACUUUCCGAAAGAAAUUGAAACUGCGGAUCUCCAAGCUGAACUUGUUGGGUUCGAAGAUAGCGGAUUUUACUUGAAAUGGGUUGAUGAUACGCACUGUUUGGCUGUAUUUUCUUCGCCGACGGAAGCGGAACGUGCAUUGAAGCAGAUUUCCGGAAUAAUGUUCAAGGUUUGUUGA